GUCUCUUCUCUCCUGAGUUGCUUUCUGGCUCCGCAGUGAGACUGUCUCAGCUUUUAAACUCUGUCUGGAGCAGAGCCAGAAGCUUCAGGAACUUUCUGGUUGUUACCAGAUGUCUCCACUGGGUGGUGCUGUUUCACGAGGACAUGGAGGCACCUCGAAGCGUCCAGUGAAAUUUAAAAGGGAUGAUUUGAUAUAAAGCCUCAAUGCGAAUCCUCAAGAAAAAUUAUGGACAUAUUUUAGUGUCUAACUUUUGUGUUAAUUAGCCUGAACAUCAAUAUUCUUGAUAUUGAUUAUGUAUUGAAAAUUAAUGAUGAUAUUGUACAUUUUUUGAUGUUAAUAAGAAAUAUACAAUUACUCUUGACGUCAGUUCUGUCAAAUUUUUGAAUAAUAAUGAAGACUACCUCUUUAAAAGCCAGUUUCAUUACAUGGUACUUACAUGAGACACCAUCAAGAGUUAAAAUGUCACACCCUUUUAUUUGUUUUAAUGAUAAAAUAUCUUAUCAUGAAAUCACAUUUUUAACUAUAAUUCUUUUUCCACUGACAAAAUGUCUCAUCUUUUCCCAAAGUGACACUGACUUAUUUCUAAAUAUUGUACCAAAACAUUGAGAAUGUAUUUCUUCAUUCGAAGGUUUUAUCAUUAUUCUGUCUAUAGAGAAACUGACUAUAUUGGUGAAUUUGUUGCAGUCAUCACUUUAAUGAUACCAAAUAAUAACACAAAAGGAACUCACAAGAAAGUAAAUGAUUCAAUUCCACACAGCCGAAGGCAGAAGGGAAAAAUGACCACAGUGAAACAGCACCAUCCAGUGGAGACAUCUGGUAACAACCAGAAAGUUCCUGAAGCUUCUGGCUCUGCUCCAGACAGAGUUUAAAAGCUGAGACAGUCUCACUGCGGAGCCAGAAAGCAACUCAGGAGAGAAGAGACACUGGAAGAGAAUUCCAUCUGACAACAAGAAGACUCAGCCCUGAACUCAGAGAAGAUGCUGUGCUCUCAUGGACUCCAGUCCGUCCUCAGUCCAUUCGUGGACGUCUACCUGCCUGUACGCAGUCUGCGGCCAGAGGUCAGACCUCUGCUCCACCAGCAGCAUCUCCUGCAGAGGAACCUCCAGGAGCUGCUCGGCAGUCUGCAGCUGAUGGACAGACUUCAACACAACUUCCUGGAGCAGACGGAGCCUUUCCAAACCAGCGUGGCCCUACAACCAGCCUCCUACCAGCUGGACAAAGAGGGGGAUCUCUUCGGCCUGACCCUGGACGCUCGAGGCUUCUCCCCAGAGGAGCUGUCUGUCAGGCAGGUGGGCAGGAAGCUGAGAGUCAGCGGGAAGACGGAGAAGAAGCAGGAGGACGGGAAAGGCUGGUCCUCUUACAGGCUGCAGGAGUUCAGACAGGAGUUUGAUCUGCCUGAAGGGACCAACCCUGAAGCCGUCACCUGCUGCCUGUCUCCAGACGGAAAGCUCCACAUCCAGGCAGCCAAGACUCCUGCUGAGGAGGUGGAGAGAGAGCUGACGAUCAGGAGGAGCUCCGAGGAGGAAACACAGCACAGUGUGUGUUCACAGGCUGAAGACAGCAGCACACACACACACGACACACAGGACAAACCUGAACACAUGGACUGAAGCUCAUGAUGAUGGACUAUAUAACUGUCAUGGUUACUGUCAAAUGAGUGUUAAACUACUAAUUCCAUUUGUACUUUUAUAACUGGAUGUAAUAAAUACAUGUGAAUUAAAUGACUGUUGUUGUUUAGUCCUUAUUAUCAUGAAAAAUAAAUUGAGAAAUGACCAAAUGUUUCAUCUUGACUUCCUGUUUGAAAUUUCUGCAGGAACAAGAAAGCUGAAAGUGUUACCAGGUGGCAAGAAAACAACCUUUGAGAUUGAAUGAUUCAUCAAAUGAGUGGCAGAAAACACAUAUCCAGCAGGAAAGACUUACAGUUAAAAAUUAAUCAACCAACAAGUAAAUACUGAAAUAAAUCCAAGGCCAGAGCACCUUGUGAGUAACAGCCUUCCUCUUCUUUGAACUUGUCAGCAUCAUUUGUUUGUAUCUCAGUUUUCAAGGCUGUAAAAAACAAGUUUUCAACAUAAUUUGUGUUGCGAGAGCAUCAAGCAAAUCAGUAAGUUUCAAUGUUUGUACAACGGGUGCAUUUUCAAUUUUUUUUUAUGUGGCUCUUUUUUUUCACCAUGGAAAGUGAUUGUAGUUUACAUUUGCAAAUAUUUUCCGAAAAACAGUCAGUUAAGUACAAAAAAUGAAAGCAAAAAGCAUCUGUGAAGCUAUUGAAGUUGGUCAAACUUGUUUAUUUGUGUUGUUCUCUGAUAUUUAUAGAAUAUUUUUUAAUCCCAAACAUUGUUCAUUUUGAUAUAAAGUAUUUUCUCAUUCUAUUUUGGUGUUUUACAGUCCGGUCAUCAUGAAAGCUCUGAAGUGGACUUUCUGCAUUCAUUGUGGAUUUUAAUUUUAGGGUUAAGAAUUUCCAAACAAAUAGUCCAAUACAAAAAGCUUUCCAUGAUCUUGAUGAUUGUUUUCACCUAUUUGCCAAACGACAUACUGCUGUGCCAAACAACAUACUGCUGUGCCAAACGACAUACUGCUGUGCCAAACGACAUACUGCUGUGCCAGUCAGGUCACACUCAAAAUAAGAUCCUCACAUGUUUUGCAUGUGAAUUCUCUUUUUAUCUGGAUCCAACCUUGUGAACAUGCUACACUUGUGGAAUCCCUCAAACUACUCAGGAGCCCACA